GAUGGUAUCUACUGCACUAUCUGUGUGUCCGUGGCUGUCCUGCUUUUCCGUGUUGCCAAGGCCCGCGGUCAGUUCCUGGGCCGAGUCACCAUUCACUCCGUUGUUGGCGAUCAUCUGGUGCAAGGUGAUGGCAAGUAUGGACCGGGUGGUUUCCCUGAUGCCCCCAACGAUGAUGAGGGCGGGUCCCGUCGGUCUAUCUUCCUCCCUCUUAACCAUACCGAUGGCUCGAACCCCGAGGUUGAGGUGGAACAGCCAUACCCUGGUAUCUUCAUUUACCGUUUCUCGGAGGGCUUCAACUACCCCAACGCCAACCACUACACCGACUACUUGGUUCAGGCAAUCUUCCGCCAGACGCGUCGCACCAACCCGUUCUCUUACGCUCGUCCCGGUGAUAGGCCAUGGAACGACCCCGGCUCUCGGAAGGGCAAGGAAGAGAACCGCUCGCAACGGCCCAUCCUCCGCUCCAUCAUCCUCGAUUUCUCAUCGGUUAACAAUGUUGAUGUGACUUCUAUCCAAAACCUGAUCGAUGUUCGCAACCAGCUCGAUCUCUAUGCUUCUCCUCGCACUGUUCAGUGGCACUUCGCUCAUAUCAACAACCGCUGGACGAAACGAGCACUGGCGGCCGCAGGUUUCGGCUACCCGACACCUACCUCUGAUGAUGGGUUCCACCGGUGGAAGCCAAUCUUCAGUGUGGCUGAGAUCGAAGGACGAGCAUCUGCUGCGGCUCAUGCGGAGAUGAUCAACAAUGAGCAUGCCCAUCAGAACGCCAUCAAGCGUGACAUCGAGGAGGGACUCAAGCACGAAACUCACAUGACCGAGCGCGAGGCCUCCGGAAUCGAUAUCGAAGCGUCGUCCGACAACAGCAGCACGCCGGACGACAAGUUGGCGCGCGAUCUCAAGGACAGCAAGGCAUACCGCAAUCGGCGCAAGGCGGCGGUGGUGCAGGGCAUCAACCGGCCAUUCUUCCACAUUGACUUGACAAGUGCGCUCGAGAGUGCCUUGGCCAAUUCGCCUCCGGAAGAGCCUAUUGAGGAGCCAAGCGCAUGA